AAGAUUGCAUUAGGAUACACAUAAUUAAAUAUGAAGUAGAAUAAUGUAGCCCAUACCGCGCACACGCAGGAAACACCACCCACGCUGAUCUGCCUUCGCUCCCCACCUCCGCCCCCCGUAGUCUGAAGUUGUUCAUAUUCGUUAGUGCGGCUGAACGACCCACCACAGAAGGAGUUUGAACGUACGGACUGUAGGAGCUAUGCGUGAAGACGGUAGAAGAAUUAUGCUCGGGAAGGAAAACUCUACCGCCGAACGAUGACACAAGCCAUCGUUCAAAAGCUGUACAAAAGACAGUGACUGUGAGAGGACACCUGGGGUACCUUGGGAACUUGAGUCGGACAGCUGGUGAAAUCUGUGGGCGUUGUCUUAUUUGGUUCUCGCGGACGGCUUUAGUGGGGGGGAAAAAGAAACAGUGACUUGGAGGUACGCACCUGCCGGCGCCAACGCACUUCGUGUGACUGGGAGGAUGAAACUAUCAGAUAGAACGACUAGGAGCAGCAGUGCUCCCACACGUGCAUUUAAGAAGGGAGAAAUUCUGGGAUAUGCGGCAUCGUAACUCCAUCUCGCUAUCCCCAAACGAGCCAGAGAGUCCAGAGCGCACCGGAGAAGACCCAAGAGCGCGGAGGUCUCAGCACUGCGCACACAGGAGAGGUAACCUGUCCCAAAAGCUUUGUCAUUUGGAGUUUUAAGGCGGCAUUUUAUUGCGCCAAAAAUAAUUUCGUCUCCAUCUAAGUUCAUUUUUAGAGGACAUAAUAGGGGGAAAGGAGGGUUUAUCACAACAUAUUUUUAACGACUUCUAUGUACAGGGUAAGCGCUUUAUAAAUUCGUCGGACAUAAAGUUGUAAUCAGCGGUCACACUAUGGCAGCGCUGAGGAAGAAAUUUGGGGAUGAUUAUCAAGUAGUGACUACUUCGUCCAGUGGCGGCGGGUUUAACCAGGCUGCCCCAGAGAAGAAAAAGAAGCGGCAGCGCUUUGUGGACAAAAACGGCCGCUGCAACGUCCAACAUGGGAACUGGGAGACCAGUAGGUAUCUUUCGGAUCUCUUUACUACCUUGGUGGACCUCAAAUGGCGCUGGAACCUCUUCAUCUUCAUCCUCACCUACACAGUAGCGUGGCUAUUCAUGGCCUCUAUGUGGUGGCUCAUCGCAUUAAUACGAGGAGAUCUCAAUCAGGCCCACGACGACAAAUACACUCCCUGUGUUGCCAACGUCUACAACUUUCCCUCGGCCUUCUUGUUUUUCAUUGAGACAGAAGCCACCAUUGGUUAUGGCUUCAGGUACAUCACCGAUAAAUGUCCAGAGGGGAUUAUUCUCUUCCUUUUUCAGUCAAUUUUGGGGUCGAUUGUGGACGCGUUUUUGAUUGGCUGUAUGUUCAUAAAGAUGUCCCAGCCGAAGAAGCGGGCCGAGACACUGAUGUUCAGCGAGCACGCAGCAAUCUCCAUGCGUGAUGGCAAACUGACGCUCAUGUUCCGAGUGGGCAAUCUCAGGAAUAGCCAUAUGGUGUCAGCUCAAAUCCGCUGCAAACUGCUCAAAUCUCGACAGACACCCGAGGGUGAGUUUCUCCCUCUGGAUCAACUGGAGCUGGACGUCGGUUUCAGCACCGGGGCGGAUCAGCUCUUCCUCGUUUCUCCCCUCACCAUCUGCCACGUGAUCGACUCCAAAAGCCCCUUCUAUGACCUGUCCCUCCGCUCCAUGCAGACGGAACAGUUCGAGAUCGUCGUCAUUUUAGAGGGAAUAGUGGAGACAACGGGCAUGACUUGCCAGGCCCGGACUUCGUACACAGAGGACGAGGUCCUGUGGGGCCAUCGCUUCUACCCCGUCAUCUCCCUGGAGGAGGGCUUCUUCAAGGUGGACUACUCACAGUUCCACGGUACCUUUGAGGUGAACACACCCCCCCACAGCGUCAAGGAGCAGGAGGAGAGCCUUCUGCUGUCCUCCCCGCUGACUGCGCCCUCCCUCUGCCACAGCACGGGUGGAGGAGGUGGUGGAGGAGGUGGGGGAGGUGGGGGCGAGGCUGGCAGCAUCACGCUGGAGGGCUCCGACCAGCAGGGGGAGUCGGAGAGUGGUUCCAUCAACCCCCCGGCACCCAUCGCCACCAGCAACACCAAGCUGCCCGCUAAGCUGCAGAGGCUAACGGGGCGGGACGGCAGCGGCGCGUUGUGUGCGGAGGGAAUGCCCCGGAAGCUGCUGCGCAUGAGGUCGGAGAUCACGUACAACCUGGGCGAGCUGCCCGCCAAGCUCCAGCGGAUCAGCUCCGCGCCGGGCGUGGCCGAGGAGCGCCUGCACGCGCUCAGCUCGCCGCUGGCCGAGGAGAGACCCACCCCUAAGAUGGGGCGGUCGGUAGGGGGCAACGCCAUGAGCCAGUCAGUGUCGGACCUGCCCCCGAAGCUGCAGAGAAUGGCCGGGGGAGGAGGUAUGGGUGGACGGCUAGAUGGCAACCUGCCGCCCAAAUUACGGAAGAUGAACUCUGAGCGGUUCACAGGUUUAAGCCUGAAAUGAACAAUCUCCUGCAGUAGUCUCACGGAGCUGGGUGUGUUACAGCACACACCAAGGGACAACUGCUUUGGAAUUUGGCUUGAAUGUGUAUGAGAAUGAUUAGAUGGUUAAUGACGGUAAUGAUGGUUUGAAGUCUCUAAACCAAUCCAACGCCUCGUGAAAUCAUAGCUCAAAGUAUUUGCAUUGAUUCAGACACAAAUUUUAAAUGCUGAAUGGUGCGUUUGUGAAGUUUUGUGUGAGUUUCUAGAAGGCAAGCCGGUUCUCAACCUUGUCUUCUCUCGAGUUUGCCCCAGCCAACACCAAAAUUGAUCCCUAGAUUCGUACUCUUGUUGUGAGGCACAGAAGUGACACCUGGCUCCGUGAGACUACUCUUGUUUGAACCCAAACCUGUCAACAUCCUUCCUGCAAUCAGUAAUGUCCUGAUCAAGUCGUCUUUUAUGAAAGCGAACAAUAACGUUACCACAGAAUUUAUAAUCAUCACAGAAUUUAUUAACAAAUAACCUUUUAGAAACUCAUUUUAAACAGACUGGCAUGUUUGAUCACAUAGAGCAUGUAAAUUAUACGUAUAACAUACUUGUGUUAUAAAUCUCAUUAGAGGAAAUAUCCUAAAUCAGUCACAUAACUUCAACUAAAACUUAAAAGGUUUUAUUCCAUUCAUAAGGGCACAUAUAUUAUGUUUGUGUUUGAAAAAUAUUUAGUCACCUGUUGUAAUUUUCAUGCAUGUGUAAUAAUGUACUAUUUAAAGAUAACAGCUCAUACAGACUCAAACAAUAAGCCUUAACUUUGUCAAGUGGGUACAAUAUCCUGUUCAUUCAAAGGUGUUCUUAGGUCUGUUUGUGUUUGACAGCUCCACUGAGUCGCAGGGUCUGUCUGUUUGGGUUGAUUUGUGUUAACUCAGUUGGUGGGAAAUUGAGGAGAGAUCAUCUAUUUACUGAUGUAUGUAAAACAUAAUCUUAUCAGUUACAGCUCUUUCCAGCAUAUGUGUUUUGAAAGACGGAAGCAAUAACCCCUGAGCUAUGUUAAGAGGAGCCUUUUAGUGUUAUUUAGCAUUUCUUGUAAUACCUCUCUGAGAUGCUUUUGACGAGCUGCUGCAACUUAUAUAUGAAUAAAUUCUGACUGAAAUCACAAGGCACAAAACCUGAACUAUGUGGCUCUAAUAACUGUAAUCCUGGGUCAGCAAAGUUUCACUUAUUCUACAUACUCGUGUUAUGACACAAACAAUAAUCUUUAUAAUAGCGUUAUAGCUCUGGUAUACAUGUGUAAUAAAUACAAAAAGUUUUUCCCUGUCUAUGGCAUAUCACAGAAACUACUCUGUCGGUUGCUGUCUGUACUGGAUGUGCUCAUCAGUAUUGGUCGAGGUCUUCCUUCUCAGAAAUAAAAGUUGUGUGAUUUGAUUCUG